AGCAUUGCCCAUGGUGUUCAUUUGUUGCAUACAGAAGUUAGUCAUUGCAAAAGUAACUGCACCGUACAGUCAGAAAUGGUUUUCUUUUUAUAAUGUUCAAUAGCUACCAUGCAAGAAGUAUUUCCAAGGAAAUUUCCGGAUCGUAGUGAUGUGUUGCUCUUUGGUCUGUGCCACAUUGUGUACAAUUGAGCUUUUUUUCAGAAAAACGAUGAGUACUUGAUUUUGUCUUGCUGCAAAUUGUAGAGUUAUGUUUGAUUGAUGGAUAAAAGUAACAUUAGCCUGGCAGUGUUUGGUGUAGACCUCUACUUCCUGUUCUUAUAAAAAUUGUGUCGGUAUUGGAGAGAUCAAACACCAGCUAUAUUAAGCGUUCAUUUUGGAUCUUAAAGGAAAAUGCCAUGUUUGGCUUUGUUGUGGCACAUCUAUUGCAUGUUCAGUGGCCUAAAGACUGUGUCGGAGUACGUAAGUGAUAUAACGGCAUAGCAGCAGUUGAGAAGAGGAGCUCUCACAGAGCCAGGACCUGUUACACAGUUCAAGUUCCCCCGACAGCGUGGCUUUGCUAUCAGUAGCCCCUGCCCAACAUUGUGACCCUCAGCCUUGUGAACGCAGCAUGUUCUGCAGCUAUCAGACAACAUGGAAGAGAUGGGGAGAGCAGUGUUGUUGCUGACAGUGGUUGCCAGUACAGUUUCUGCCUUGCAGCUGUGGCUGCCAGGCACCGAGGUGGUGUACCAGUGGGAAACCAGUUUGGAAGCUGUCACAUUGUUCCCUGCACCAACAGUAUCACAGUGGAACAUGUCUGGGAAGGUUGUCGUGCAAGGUGCUGAGGAUCUGGCAACAGUGCAGCUGCAAGACCUUGAAGUGUCAGCAUACAAUGGACCAAGCAUCAGUGACACACCAGUAGUGAAAGUGCCAAUACCAGAGGAGGCCAGCCAACUGUUGCAACCAUUCAUAAUCCAUUAUCAUGAAGGACAGGUGGUAAGCCUGACCAUCAACACAGGAGAGGAACAAUGGGCCAUCAAUAUGAAACGAGGGUUGGCAAGCCUGCUGCAGCUUGAUUUGUCACACAUGCACACUCCUGCAUUUGUCAGCACUGAGAGCAGUCAAUAUGGUUGCUGCAAAGUUGAGUAUUCAGUCCAUAACCAAAGUAACGGGACAGUGGCAGUCCAAAAGUUUGUGGACUUCCCCAGCUGUGAGGACUUUCCAGUGCAAAGCUUUGGCAAUGUGCAAAGGAUGCUGUGCCCCUCAGGAGUCCCCCAGGAGACUGUAAGUUCUGGCAGCACGCGUGCCUAUGUUCUGGAGCCGUUGGGUCCUGGCGGACAUCUGCUGAUCCACAGUGUUCAAGCUGAUGGACUCACCCACCUGCAACAAUCUAACUCGUACUUCCUGCAGUCCUGGAUAACCCUACACCUACAGUGGCAGGACAAAAUGGUGAUGCCCCUCACUAUGAAGGGAGGUGGUGAGAGAGUGGGCCUGACCCACCAGCUGCCAGGAGCUGAUGUGUCCCAGGGGCGGAGCCCCCCUAGCCAGAAGAACCUGCUUACAACGGUAAUAGAGAUCCUGGGGGAGCUAGCAGAUGGCCUGGAUGAGCAGCAUCUGGAGCUAAACCUGGAGAAGCUGCACGAGGAGCAUGUGGUACAUGCCCUCUACUUACUGUCCAUGCUGGAGCAGGCCAGCCUCUGGAAGUUAUACCUGGAACUGGAAGUUGGCACCAGCUACCGGCAUGAGACACUCAGGAACCUGUUUCUCGAGAUGCUGCCCCUUGUUGGGUCCCAUGACUCCAUAAUGCUGGUGAGAGACCUUGUGAUGACGGGAACUGUCAAGAAUGAUACGUCCAUUCAACUGCUGAGUUCCAUCCCAUUCAGCGUCCGUCAGCCAUCCGAAGAGCUGCUCACAGAUCUGGAGGUCCUGCUGUCACUCCCAGAGGACACGCUGGAGAACCAGGCAGCAGUGCUGAGCUUCGCCACGCUCGUGCAUAAGGUGUGCAGUGCCAAGUGUGCACCAGAGACCCUUGAUAAGUAUGUGGGUCAAUACAUGGACCUCUUUACAGGCAGCAGGGACCAUGCACGCCAGAUGCUGUACCUGGAGGCACUCAGCAACUUUGAGCUGCAGCGAGUGGCACAGUUUUUAGCACCCAUCAUAAGUGGUGACGACACAAAGUACUCGCGCCACAUCCGCAUCCUGGCCAUGUGGACCAGUGUGGGCCAUGCCACACUGCAGCCAGACCAGGCACAUUAUCUGUACUGGCCGCUGCUGACAAACUCUAGUGAGCACCUGGAAGUGCGAGUGGCUGCCCUCACUGUACUCAUACUGUCAAAGCCGAUCUCGACUCACCUCUACAACGUGAUGCUGUUUAUGAUGCACGAACGGGAUCCACAUCUGAAACACUUCUGGUACACAACACUGCACUCUCUGGUGCACACCCGUCACCCCUGCUACAGACACUUGGGAGAGGAGGCCAAGAAGCUUGUACAGUUCAUUCCAGAGCCAGAGGUACACCACUGGGCCACUGGAAACUACAUGUUGGAUUACACGGACCCAGAUUAUAGGUUUGGAUUUCUGGCCCACCUCAUCAUGGUGGCCAACCCUAGAACAGGACUACCAAAUGUAUUCUACCAGGAUGUUGGCAGUCACACCAAGGACUUCAGCUAUAAUCAAUUUAGCAUCUACAUCAGGCUGGACGGAGUGGAGGAUACCAUAAAGCGACAGCUCCUGCAGGCCAGGUCAUUCAACUUCACAGAGCUGGUAACCCUGCUGCACCAACUGGAGGUACCAAUCAAGCCGUCAGAGCCGGUCCAUGUGGAGCUGUUGGUCAGAGCCCAAAACAAAGCUGUAGUGGUUCACUAUGCAAACCAGAGCACUCUGAACUCAUUCUUCAAAGUCCUGAGAAAUGUGCAGCUGCUGGCAAUUGGCGGCAUUCACCUCAAUGCACAGAAUGUCAUCAUGCCGUUCCUGGUUGAAGAAAUGCGAGUGACGGACCUUGGCACAAACGCAUUCCUGCAGACAUCGGCAGGAGGCCUGAUGUCUGUUCGCGCCAACUUCACUGCCAGCCAGAUGCUGUCAAGCGAUCUAGAACUGCGUUCAAUGAUCAACUCCCAGACAUCAUUUAUACAAUACAACCCAGUCCUGAACAUGUGGCAUGGUGUUCAGCGAUCACUGAAUAUACAAAUGAACGUCCCUUUCAGUCUGCGGGUGUCUUCCAACGCUACAGAGCAAAGCAUCAAAUUUUCCUUCCAGCAGACACCAGGAGAGGAAGUUGGUCUAGUGACUCACAUCCACACUGCCGUGUUUGUGAAAGGCGUUGCAGUAGCCACAAAGCUGAAGUCCCACUGUGCAACCUGUCCUGCGCACAUGUCGGUCACAAGGAACACUCCGCAUUCCCUGCUGCAAAACCUGCUUCAGUUGGAGAUGUCUGGCUUGAAGUUUGAGCUGUCACUCCUGGACUGUGAGCACUCAUCCACUGAGGAUGAGUUUACAGCGCUGAUACAUCACGUGACAGAACACCAUAACUACCAUGUGUUCCCUGCCAGCAGUCCCCUGCUCAAGCUACUGCACCUCUUGGACUACUUGCUAUUGCUGCCCCAUACUAGCAACUGUGGGCUGUUGGCAAGAGUAUCACCCAUCAGGACACAGCCCACUGAGGUGGAGGUUAGCAUUCAAGGCCAGACAGUGGAACAUCUGGACAUACCAUUUGAGCCACUGCCUGCUGGAGAAUAUAGAUUACAGAUUGGUGUGAUUCGAGCUCCAGUGAGUAGCACCUUGCCUGACUGGGACCUGGGCAUCCUGUAUGAGCAUUCUCCUGCCUUCAGAAAACAUAGACUCACUGCAGAGCUCACCAUCCAGGGCAGAGACAAGGUGUGUGUUAACCUGACAGUCAACUUCACAGAGCCCCCAGACACUGUGAUCUCUCUGACUCACCCAAGACUUCAGUCUGCUUCUGCGAUGCUGACUGCUGUCUGGGGUCUCCCCAUUGAUGGGGGACAGUGCCCCUGUUCUUCAAGUUUACAAGUUCUGCUAGAUGGGCAGGUGACCACAGAACAGUUGAACCUGACCUCCAAAGCCACUGUAUGGCCAUACAACAUGUGCCAGCAGGACAUGCAGGAUGUGCACCAGUGGGGCAGCCAUUAUAUGCCCCUGACACGAGCGUGCUAUGAAGUGGCAUAUGAGUUGGCAACCCUGCGGUAUUACAACAUAUCCAUCAGUUCCAGGAAUCAUCCUGCAUGGAUGGAUGCUGUAAGGGACUUCCUGCCCUCCAAGAUGGCAUCUGUGCUUUCCAGCAAUAUCAGUAUUCACCUGAGGGUACCCCCAGAAGUCAGGCCUGUGCUUACAGUGAAUGGCUACAAGAUGUUGCUUGGAUCAGCUGUUGGCACUAAACUACAAUCUUGGCUAAUUAACACACAAUUCCCAUCCCUGCUGCAACUAGUCACCAACACUGGAAUUGUGGGUUCAUGUGUUCUGACUCUACACAGCGUGUGGACAUUGGAUGGAGCACAUCUCACCACAAAUGUCACCACUUGCUACACACUUGCCAUGGCUGACUGCACCACUCAGCCUCAGUUUGCAGUGUUUAUCAGGAAGGUGGAAGGCACUGCAACCCCUCUGGCUAUGGAACUGUAUAGUGACAUAAACCGUAUAGAAGUUCUGCCAACCGCGGACCAGCUUACCAUCUCCGUGAAUGGUCAGAUGGUGCCAAACCCACAUGAAGGUUACCAACACCCAGUUAAAGGUGACAGCUAUGUGUUCAAGGUGUGGCAGCGUUCGGAUGGGCCUGUCCAGAUUCACUUGGGAGAAGCCAAUGUGUGGUUGGAAUAUUAUGGGCAUUUUGCUACAGUAUCUGUGCUGGGCUUGUAUCAUGGUGGGCUGUGUGGGCUAUGUGGUGAUCACAACAUUGAUGCUGGUGAUGAUACUGCGCAGGUUAUCACAAUGCCAUGCACUGGCACAAAGUAACACUUUGCUAGUCUCUGUAUAACAGGCAGCUGUGUGAUGACACAGUAACAAAGUUCUGAGGUUUGAUAAUGGAUUACUAACACAUCAGCAUGGAACCCAGAGCCCAUAUGAUGCUCCUGGCCAGUAACAAGUACUGCUCUCUAUGUGGGGAUGACCUGGAUUUCAGUAUAAUAAAAAUGUAUAAUGAAACAAUUCAAGUUUAUAAAUGGACAGACAAAUCCAUAAAAUCUGCACUAUUUAUAUCCCCACUACAUAAAGAAGCGUUUAAAUGGAAUGAAGUACUUUGUAACUUCCUGAUCUUCCUUAACACUAGCCAGGCAAAAUGGAAUGACACCAUGACAUUCAUCAGCUGCUCAUGACUUCCUGAUUCAUUAUUAUGACAUCUAACAUUCUCACAGAGGCAAAUAUUAAAGUUACAGGGCUCUAGGAAUGGGACGCCAUGUAGCGUGGCAUACGGGUACCAACAUUUUGGAGGAACCUGCUGUCUCCAGCUUCAAGACAGAAGAUAGCAGUAGCAGGUUCAUCUGAAACAUUUGUAUGUAUGUACCAAAGAACACGAUGUCACAUCCCUCUCGCUUGAGCCCAGCAGAUCAUUCCACACUGCACUUGUGUUGCAGAACACUACACUGACUGCAUCUCACAUACCCGACCUAUUCUAGAUCCCAUGGAUUCAUGGUAGUCAUGAUACUUCUCAUAAACAUGUCACAUAAAUGUAGACAUCACAACCACAAGUUACUGCAGCAUCAUGUUAUGUUGUAUUACAUUCAUUAUUUUGCUUUCUGUUGACACAGUCUACAAGUUUACAGUAUGUUCCAGCCUUUCGGCUGAACUGUACUGUACAUGUACUACUGAAUAAUCUUUAAUUAAAAUGCAAGCGGCAGACAACACAAAAUGCAUCCAUAUGUAAACACUGGCCAAUGUAAUGACAGAGAACCUAAGUUACAGUUAUAUGUAGAACACAUGAUGAUGGCCAAAAGGCUGAAACAUGCUGUAAAGCCUUAAGGUAUAGCAUAUUGACACAGUGUUGACAGAAAAAAAUAAUAAAUGCCCAUAAGUAAGUAAAAUCAGGACUGAAUUCCUUUAAGUGCAACAAUGUUUUCUUAAUAAUAAAACAGAGCCUUCAUCAAAACACAUCUCACAUGCACACAACCCACUGUGAAGCAACAGGACCGUCACCAGGAUUCACAGCAAGAGUCUGAUCAAUUGACAGAUUUCAUUUUUAACAAAACGUACUUUAAAUACCAGUGUUUUAACCCUUGGAAGACGCAUGUAAUUCACAUGAUGAAUUUCCUCUGAAGUGUUGGUUACCUUCCAAUGCAGGCCAGCAUUGGCCAGAACAUGUGCAAAGGGUUUAUUUUAUUCUUAAAAACCACUGUUGCACUUGCUGCAAUUCAACAUUAAUUUUACUUAUAUGUUAUACAGUGCAAUGGCUGAGGACAAUGUCAACCAUAAAAACAUGCUGAUGUAAUUUUGCAUAAACUGUAUUACCCAGAGAUUUAUUAAAUAAGGAUCCGACUGUA